GCAGAAGUGUAAAAAUUUCUAUUUUUUAAAUUAUCGCGCUUUGUAUUUUCUAGCGGAAAAAUUUUUAAUUUCAGCAGCAAAAUGUCAGCAAACAGCACCACACCAACUUCUUCAAAUAGCGCGGCUUCUAUUUCACUAAACUCCACCGCCAGCGGUAUGGAGGACAUACAGUAUUUGCUUUAUCUGGAAACUUUGCGGCGCUUUCGGGAUGACGAGGCUAAUAUUAAGCGCCAAGUGGAUGAGAAGACUCGGCAGUAUUUCGAAGUCAAAGAAGAUUACUUACAGUCGUAUGCCAAGUACGUGAAGCUGACCACUUUGGCGGCAACGCGUUGCGCUUUGUUAAGCGAUACUCGCUUGCCCAUUGCCAAGAUAACAGCAGCCGAAAAGGAGGUCAGCGUUAUUGCACAUAAACUAGCUGCUGGCCAUGUUAUAGAGUCCAUAAGUGAGGCAGACGUUUCAGAAUGCAGAGCCAAAUUGGAGGCUUGUAAAACACAUGAGAAACUAAAACAAUUGCGUCAGGAAUUAGCCGAGAGUAAAGCUACUGUGCGCGCCGUGCAAACAGCUACGGAAACUGUGGAGGCCACUAUUGAGACUGCGACGCUGCAAAGUUUGGACUACUUGGUGGAUGAGGUUGGACAUAGGGAAUAAAAUAAAAACACUUUGA